GGGAAGGCGAGGUUAAUGAACCCCUCGUAAAAAGGGAGGGGAGAGGCGCCUAUGCACACAAGAAUAAAGCAGGGAGGGAGAGCAAGAAAGGGGAGGAGCCAAGUCGCCCCCAAAACGCCAAACUUGGAGGGAGCCUUAGACAGAGGUGCUGCCCCCCAAUAAAGCUCCCUCCUCCUUCGCUGGGAAGAAAAAGCCCGGCAAAGUGGACCAUCUGCUCCACACGCAGGAGAGUUAGAGGCAGGGAGAGGAUCUGGUACGUGUGGAUCCAAGAGAGCUUGGUUCUCCAUAAAGUAGGUCAUUUUCCGAAAAGGAAGGCAAGUGGGAGGGGAAACAACACCACCCCUCUCCCACGGAUACAUAACCUCCUCGGCUGCGUUUAGAUUUAAGUGACUUUGGGAAAGGAUUCGAGAGAUCUCUUCUGGAUCACCAUGACGGAAAUCACCGAGAAGGAAAACGAGCCCCAAAACAACCCCGAUCCGCAACAGACCCCCGUGGGCAGCCUCAGCCUCCAGGAGAGCAAGCUGCAGCGUUUCAAGCGCUCCCUGUCGCUCAAAACCAUCCUACGGAGCAAGAGUGUUGAGAACUUUUUCCUGCGCUCCAGUAGUGAGUUCAAGCUGCCUUCGGAUGUGCUGCUUAGCCCCCCAGAUUCGGUGCCGCCUCCGUCUCCCCCACCAGUGCCCACUGAAGCAGAGCGCUCUCCCCGAGCGGCUCAGAGAUCCCUGGCACCCCUCAAGCCCAUGAAGACUCACAGCUUCCAGGAACACAUCUUCAAGAAACACAACCCUUGUGAAAUCUGCCAUCAACUUAUAGUAGGAAAUUCCAAACAAGGCCUGCGAUGCAAGACAUGCAAAGCUAGUGUGCAUUUGUGGUGUUCAGAAGAAGUUUCUCAUCAGCAAUGUCCAGGAAAGGCACAGGCUGCAUCUUUCAGACGUAAUCUCAGUUCCCCUAUGCUGUUGCAUGAUCCACAACCACAGCCGGCCACUACUACUACCACCUCCACUGCUACUGUCACUGCUGCCACGACCACGAAGGAGUCUCCCCCUGCAGCAGGGACCAGUGGAAAGGUGGAUCCCAUUUAUGAGACUCUGCGCUAUGGGACUUCACUAGCCUACAUGAACCGUUCCAGUUUCAGCAGCACCUCGGAGUCUCCCACCAGGAGUCUGAAUGAAAAAGAUGAAGAGGGGACCAAAGAUGAAGGGACUGAGGACACGGAAGCUGGUGUCCAAACAACAGAGGAAAYUCAAGCGGAUAAUGUUUUCUCGGGGCCAGCAGAGAGUGAGGUCACCACAUCGGAAGAGAAGAGCCCAGAACAGCAGUCGGCUCGAGCUUCUGCACGGAAGGAGAUCUCACCCAUGUACUCAUAUGUAGCUCUCUACAAGUUUUUGCCUCAGGAGAACAAUGACCUACCCCUGAAGCCUGGUGAUCGAAUCAUGCUGGUGGAUGAUUCCAAUGAGGAUUGGUGGAAGGGAAAGUUGGGCGACCGCAUAGGCUUCUUCCCAGCCAAUUUUGUGCAGCGGGUUCGUCCAGGUGAAACAGUGUGGACAUGCAACCGGACUUUCUAUGGCAAUAAGGAGCAGGGACAGCUGAGCCUUAAGGAAAACCAGAUCUGUGUUGGUGUGGGGAAGACCAAGGAGAAUGAGGGUUACAUCAAGGUGACAAGUGGGAAAAAACGGGGACUUGUGCCUGCAGAUGCCCUAACAGAAAUCUGAUGACAUAACAAGAGCGCAAAGCAAGAUGGAAAAGUUUAAAAAUAAUGUCCACAGGCAAAGACAGCUCUGCCUGAGUCCAGUCCAGCCCAUCCCAUCCCUGUGCACUUGGCUAUUCACUCUUUUAUGGAAUCUUCUGGGUGGAUUGAGGAUGGCUUUGUUUUGGAGGACAGAAGAAGGUGGAAGGGAUCAGCUUGAGGUCCACUUAGAGUGGGGCCUUCCUGCUUCUGUCUAGCUGGGGCUGGAAAUUUGUCUCCAGUCUGAUGUUUCUGUUGGUUUGUUGGUUUCCAAUAGAGCCCUCUGCCAUUUUUUCAGAGGGCGCCACUGACAUCUCUGUGGCAUAGGGUGCAUAGGAGAUUUCCACUGCUGUGGUUCAACCCCUUUUUACUUUGUCUUUGGGUUCCACUUCCAUGGCAACAAAUGUUGGUUGUGGUCAACCAGCCUUUACCCUAUAGGGCUCUUUAUAUCUUGGCAUAAUGCUUCUUCUGCACCCAACCCGUAGUGAUAAUUUUGUGUCGCAUGCGUAUGACAUGUGGACAUACAAAGGCUUUCUCUGGCCAAGAACGCCACAUCAGUGUGUUGUGUCUGUCUGUCCGUGUAUGUGUGUAUAUGUGUGUUUGGAUGUUGCUCAGGGUUGGUAGAGCCUCUUAUUGGAAAGCAAAAAGAGGCAGGACAUUUCUAUUGGUCACGGACCAAGAUGUCUCACUAUGGAGCCUGUUACGCACUUUGUUCUAGCGGGGCUAACUGCUUUUGCAUUUCAUUAUUUCCCCUCGUCCUUGAUAUGAAAUGUUGCCUUCGUUUUUGACUCCCUGGGCAUUUCUUUGGUCUCCGUUUGCCCCUUGAGCCCGCGGCAGCUCCCUCAUCACAUGGCUGGCAACAGUGAGGACCAUUUCUCAGGGACCUUCCUCAGCCAGAUGGAUUUUGGGAACUAAGCUGAGAAUGUCACAGGAGAGGUUGAGAGACCCUGAUCGUCCUGUCUUUCCUCACUUUGCCAGCAUGCUUCCAGCUAUUUGUCAUCUAUAGAUGUACUUUUGUAAUGUGAAAACAAACAAACAAGAUUUCAUUCCGUCCCAUCUAUCAGAAGAUUGCACUGAUAUCUGAGCAUUAUCAGCACAACUAAGCUGGUAUUUUUCGUCUUUGGAUUGGAUGGUCAAGCAGGAGACAUGUUUGCCAGGAGCAUAGCAGGCCUCAUGGAUCAGAGGAACAGCCGUUUUAGCCCAGUCUUCUGUUUCCACAAUGAUUAAUCAGAUGUCUCUGGGAAAUCCUCCAACUGGGUAUGAGUGCAAUAGCACCCUACCAUUUUAUAUACAGUCCAGCCCAUGGAAAAAGCACUUGCAUGUGUAAAGGUAUCAUGCAUGAAAUGGAUUGAGUGUGUCUACUGGGUCACUCACAUGUAGAACACUAGUAAUCAGUGGCCUAAAUCCCCUAAUGGUAGCAGAUCCUCUUUGAUCUUGGAAACUAAGCAGGGUCAGUUCUAGUUAGACCAAUGAAUUACUAGGUGCUCUAGACUAUAUUUCAGAGGAAGGAAAUGGUAAAACAACUCGGAGUAUUCCUCGACUAAGAAACCUGGGGUUACCGUAAGUCAACAGGCAACCUGAAGGCACACACACAUACACACACACACACACACACACACAUAUAUAUAUAUACUCACAGAAGCCAGUGAUUACUUAUGUGUAUAAUCUAGUGUACAUGGUAAGUGGAGUCAGACAGGAUUGUAUGCAUGAAACAUUAACCUAAGUAAGCACCUUACCUAUGACCCACAUAAUGUUAAGAUCAAGCCUGAAAGCACAUUUUCUUCGUUUUUACAAAAUGGCCCGAGCUUUAUAGUAGCUUAGCGAUAAGUUUUUGAGCAUUUUUUUUUUUUGCUUCUGGCAACCAAAGUACAGAUCAAAAAUCCUCUCCCCUGUAUUUCAUCCAUCAAACACCUCCAAAGGGAGCUAAAAGGACAUUACAGGUUCUGAAGCUCUGGAGCAUAAUUCAUCAGUGUGUUUUUCAAAAAAAGGAUUUUGACACUUGUGCCAGCUUUUCCUCCAUUACAAAAUCAUUCUAAAUGGCAAAGCAGGAAAGGUUCAAAUAUAUUUCUCUGUGGUCCAUGUUGGAAUUUUGCCCUUAGGGUUUCCAGAGCACUUUGGGAACACAAAUCACUUUAAAAUGGCCAUCUUUUGAUCUGCAAAAGCAAAUUAAAGGCAUGUAAGUGGCCAAAUGCCACUUGCUAAAUCUGUAGCAAAGGUAUGUGAGCUUGAGUCUCUCACAACCAAGAGUGUAGCUGGUAAAUUGGAUGAAUAACAUUUAAAAAAACCCAAUUAGUACCUCUUUACUGAUCCAGUUGUAGCAUUAUUACCUGCUUCUAGCUACUUCCUUGAGCAGAAUCCCAAAGUUUGGCAUUUUUUCUGAUUUGGGUUUCUACUCCCAGAAUCCCCAGAUGCCUGAAAGGACAAUAUGUUCCCUAAUACAUAUACUCAACUAUUGCUGUCUUCUUCUGCUCAAGAAGACUUUCAGUCAUAUGUCCCGAGCCAUCUGCACUGCUGGCUCUUCUCUUUCAUUGAGGAAAAGGACAUCUCUGAACAUGCAUCGUUUAUCUCCAGAUUGGGUUGUUGUAGGUUUUUUCUGGCUAUAUGGCCAUGUUCUAGAGGCAUUCUCUCCUGACAUUUCGCCUGCAUCUAUGGCAAGCAUUCUCUCCUGACGUUUUGCCUGC